CCCAACUAGGCCGCCGCACAAAUUACCCGAUCGAUCGCCUACGCCCCACGCAACGCCACGGCGCACCCGCCAAGCGAGAAGCGAAGCGAAGCAAACCCCAGACGCCGGCGAGCCGCGGCCCCGGCGGCGGGGAGGUAGGAAGGGGGCGGCGGCCGCCGUGAUGGGGAAUAAGAUCGCGCGGACGACGCAGGCGUCGGCGACGGAGUACUACCUCCAUGACCUGCCGUCCACCUACAACCUCGUGCUCCUCGAUGUCGUCACUCGCGGCCGCUGCCUCAAGUCCAUCCGCUGCAAGCACGAUGAGGGCUUGCUCCUCGUCAAGGUCUACUUCAAGCGCGCCGGCGAGCCCAUCGACCUCAGGGAGCACGAGCGGAGGCUAGAGCGGAUUAGGAACGCGCUCAAGGGGAUCGAGGGCUCCCACGUAUGGCCCUUCCAGGUUUGGCUACAAACAGAUAAGGCAGCAUAUCUCCUGAGACAGUACUUCUUCAACAACCUGCAUGAUCGACUGAGUACACGCCCUUUCCUCAGUCAGAUUGCGAAGAAAUGGCUUGCUUUUCAGUUAAUCCAUGCAGUGGAGCAGAGCCAUAGUAAGGGAGUUUGCCAUGGUGACAUAAAAUGUGAGAAUGUGCUUGUUACUUCUUGGAAUUGGCUAUAUCUUGCGGACUUUGCAUCUUUCAAGCCAACUUACAUCCCACUUGAUGAUCCAUCUGAUUAUUCAUUCUACUUCGACACUGGAGGAAGGCGAAGAUGCUAUCUAGCACCUGAAAGAUUCUAUGAACAUGGUGGGGAGUCCCAAGUUGCAGUAGAUGCACCUCUGCAACCAUCUAUGGAUAUAUUUUCGCUCGGGUGCGUUAUUGCUGAGCUUUUCCUGGGUGGCCAGCCACUUUUUGAGUAUGCACAACUUCUGUCUUAUCGGCGUGGUCAGCAUGACCCCAUGAUUGCUCUAGAAAAGAUACAAGAUUCUGGUAUUCGUGACAUGAUACUUCACAUGAUCCAGUUGGAUCCCAAAAAAAGGCUACCUUGUCGAAGCUAUCUGCAAAAGUAUGAAUCUGUUGUGUUCCCAUUUUAUUUUUCGAACUUUCUGCACAAGUUCUUUGCAGAUAUUGUUCCAAUUGACUCAGAUGCCAGGGUUGAGAAGACUCAAGAAAAUUUUGAGAAGAUACUUGAAAUAAUGAUGGGCAGCUCAACAAUUGAACAAAUUGAGAGAUCUACAUUGUCUCAGCAUAGUGAACCAUCUGAGAGAAAAGGUACGGGAAGGCGAAUUUUAAACUCACCAGGAGAUUCUAAAAAAAACACAUCUGUAGUUAAGAAACAUACUCCGGUAGACCAUCAACAUAUUGCUGGAGAUAUCAAUUUCCUCCUCAAAGAAGUGGAGAACAGGAGCAACAGCACAAGCACAAAGGUCACAAAAGACAUGGACCAUAUUAGGCCCUCACAGCUGGUUAAUCCAGCAGGAAGCAGAACUGGAAGUGGUUUGAUGGCCCAGAACAAUGUUGUAUCCCAUGUGCAGAAGAUCUCAAAGAGUAAUUUAUGCUCCUUGGUGGCUGGUUAUGAUGGUCAAUCAGAUACCUAUAGCUUUGACAUUUUUCAACAGACAGACUCCAAGGUGAGCUGUGAAGGCAUGGUCUUACUUGCCUCAUUACUCUGCUCGUGCAUACGCAGUGUGAAAAAACCUGAGCUAAGAAGGGCCAGUCUCAUUCUUCUGAAGUUUUCGUCCACAUACGUUGAUGAUGACAGUCGCUUACAGCUAGUGGUUCCCUAUGUGAUUGCGAUGCUUUCGGAUCCAGCUGCCAUUGUCCGCUGCGCUGCUUUGGAAACCUUAUGUGACGUUCUUUGUCUUGUGCAAGACUUCCCUAUCAGUGAUGCUGUUAUAUUCCCUGAGUACAUCCUCCCAAUGCUCUCUUUGCUCCCUGAUGAUACAGAGGAGAGUGUUAGAGUGUGCUAUGCUAGCAAUAUUCAUAAGCUGGCUUUAACAGCUUAUAGGUUCCUACUUCGUUCUCGUAGCAUAGCUGAUAUUGGACCUCUGGAUGAAUCAGUGGAAGCUCCCAGAUCACAGUCUGCAAGUUCACCAGUGAAGAAGCAAGAUAAAAUUUAUGGCCAGCUUGCAGAACUGAGGAAAAAUAUUUAUGAAAUAGUACAAGAUUUGGCAAUGGGUCAAAAGCAGACACCUAACGUCCGCAGAGCUCUUCUGCAGGAUAUAGGUUAUUUGUGUUACUUCUUUGGGCACAAGCAAAGUAACGACUUUCUUCUUCCUAUACUUCCAGCAUUUCUGAAUGACCAUGAUGAGCAGCUCCGUGCAGUUUUCUUUGGCCAAAUUGUCUUUGUUUGCUAUUUCAUUGGUUCAAGGAGUGUUGAGGAAUAUCUUUUGCCAUAUCUUGAACAGGCACUAAGUGAUGGUAUGGAGGCUGUCCUUGUAAACGCACUUGAUUGCUUGUCCAUGAUGUGCAAAAGUGGUUAUUUGAGGAAAAGAGUAAUUGUUGGUCUAUUGGGAAAGGCUCUCCCGCUGCUUCGGUAUCCAAUCAAUUGGGUUAAACAGUCUGCUUUAAGAUUUGUUGCUGCUUGCAGUGAGAGUUUAGGGGCUGUUGAUACUUAUGUGUACCUUACUCCUCAUCUAAGGCAGUUCCUACACAGGGAGCCACCUUCAUUGUCCUCUGAAACUGCUCUUCUUUCAUGCCUUAAGCCUCCUCUGCCCAAAUCAAUCUUCUACGAAGCUUUAGAGGAUGCUCAGGACAUGGGCGACAUUUUACUGAAGGGCGGUGGCAAGAAAGAACUGAUAGUACAUGGUGGAAAAUACCCUGGUAAAGUACAAAGUGGAUCCUCGAUAAAUUUUGAAGAUGUUGCACGGUUGAAAGGCCCUAAUAUUUUGAGCAAUAUAUCUUUGGAUGUCAAAGAUUCAGUUUCUCCUGACAAAUCGUUAUAUUCUGGUUUUGCAUUACAUGCAUCUGCUGGGAAUAGCUCCUUUUAUGAUGGCUUAUCUAAAGGAAUACCAUCAUAUUCUGUUUGUACUGAUAAGCGAGGUUUAGGAGAAACACAUGUGGUCCCUGAUUCUUCGGUGUAUAAAGCAUCAAUAAGGCUACCGUGGUUGGAACCCAACCGCCCAGGCGUGCAGACUAGAGAUGAUUAUUUCAGUAGCAAGCGUCGAGAUUUAAGCAUCAAUGAUUCUAUGAAGAGCAGUUCAUCUUUGCAAGGGGAUAGCAUGCCAAACUCUGAUAUUGGAGGAUUGCCAUCCUUCUCCAGAUCAGCAAUGAACCUGGAGGCUGGAUGGAAGCCCCGUGGAAUUCUAGUGGCACAUCUCCAGGAGCAUCGCUCGUCUGUCAAUGAUAUCGCCGUGUCAAACGAUAAUACCUUUUUUGUGACUGCGUCUGAUGACUCAAGUAUCAAGAUAUGGGAUACAAGAAGGUUGGAAAAGGACAUUGCCUUCAGAUCUAGGUUAACGUACAGCAUGGGUACUAGUCAAGCUCUAUGUACGACAAUGGUUCGCGGUACUUCACAGAUUGUUGUCGGUGGAAGUGAUGGAACACUGCACUUGUUUUCUGUUGAUUGUGCACGCGGUGUUGGGAGUGUUGUGGAAAGGUAUUCUGGCAUUGUUGAUGUAAAAAGGAAUGAUAUUAAAGAAGGCUCAAUUCUCAGUGUUGUGAAUUGUUCAAGUGACAGCUUUAGCCCAACUGUCCUUUUCAGCACUGAGCAUUGUGGCAUCCAUAAAUGGGAUACAAGGACCAACUCAGAAUCCUGGUCAUUUACAUCAUCACCUGAGGAGGGCUAUAUAUCGGCCCUUGUUGUUGGCCAGUGUGGAAAUUGGUUCAUCUCAGGUUCUUCAAGAGGUGUCCUUACAUUGUGGGAUAAUAGGUUUUUGCUGCCUGUUAACACGUGGCACUAUUCAACAGUAAGCCCUAUAGAGAAAUUGUGCUUGCUUAUACCUCCACCAAGCUCAAUAUCUUCUUCUGGAAGGCCAUUGGUCUUUGUUGCCGCCGGCUGCAACGAAGUUUCCCUAUGGAAUGCUGAAAAUGGAAGCUGCCACCAGGUGUUUAGAACGGCAAGCACCGAGAAUGAAGAUGUGAUGCCGAAGGCACCAUCAAGACCUCUUAACAAGCCAAGCACCAAAUAUGUAAGACGAUCAGGCAAUUAUAAGUACAGAAUCGACGAAUUGAAUGACCCACCUGUACGCCAUCCGGGCAUUCGCUCUUUGCUUCCCUUACCUGGCGGUGAUCUAUUGACUGGAGGAACAGACUUGAAAAUUCGUUACUGGGAUCAAGCCAGACCUGAGCAAAGCUUUUGUAUUGCUGGUCCCUUGGCCAAAGAAGUCCGUUCGGCAAAAGGAGAUAUUUUGGAGAAAGCAAUUGGAAACAAUGAGUGUUAUGAUAUAAGAUCCAGUUUUGGAGUACAAGUCGUGCAGGAAAUGUAUAAACAGACUACCGCUGUGUCCGGUUUGACACCCAAGACACAGCUUGCAGUGGCCGCUGCAGACUCUGCUGGGUGCCACCGAGACGCAAUACUCGUGCUGGCAUCCUUCAAUCUGUCGAGCCAGAGGUUGAUAUCAGCCAGCAGAGAUGGAGUCGUCAAAGUAUGGAAAUAGCUGCUCCAGCGAUUUGUAGGUGCUGUUAUUUUGGAGAAUAAAGGAGCCGAUCAUUAGUGUUGGGAUUGUGAUUUUGAGAGAUCCAUACUUGUUGGAGGUUAAUGUCUUUAUGAGGCAUUGAGGACUGAAGUAGUUUUUUUAUUUAUUUUUGGGAGCGAAAUGAGGCCUGAAGUAGUUUAGUUGGAUGGCUCUUUGCUUGUGGGGUUGUGUUUUCUGUUCUGGUAGCCACAGCAGCCAGGCAAGGGCAAAUCUUCCGUUGACCGGCCCCUUUCUCCCUUUGACCGCCUCAGGCCUAUGAAAGGAAGAGCUGCAUGUGGUCACAGGAACCUUUGAUGGUGUGGUCCUAGCUGAUAAAGAGGGUAAAGGGAAUUAUGAGGUCAUAGUCCCCCACUCUUGAGCAAUGAACACAUUGGUGUAACUGUGCAUUUGUCAUAUUCAGCAUGUGUUCAUGGUCGAAUGCAACUAUAAUCUAUUUGUAUACGCCAGCUACAGUUCAGGAACAUGUCCACAGGUUUUGUAUAA